ACGUCCCAAGUCCAUUUCACAGCACAGAGCAAAGCAAUCCAGAGCAACAGUUUCCUGCUAAAGUUGAGUUUUGUUGAGUUGUCAAUGGCGGACAUAGCGAUGCUGGUGGCCGAUGAGGAGUUCGAGAAGAGGCUCAAGCGAGGGGCGCCCGGCGCCGGUGUCAGAUCCGACGAGGCGUCCAUGGGCAAGGCCAACUUCGGCGCCGUGAACAAGGUGUGGGGCUCCUGGGUCGAGUCAGCCACCGCCGCCGCGUCCGGGGUCAAGGUGCACGUCGCGGUGCUCGUCAAGGCCGACAUGGCCGAGCCCAAGGCUCCGAUGGCCGUGGCAGCGUUCAACGGCUUCUUCUCUGCUUAGUAACUUCCAUCUUCUUCUUUUAGUGGAGAAAUCGAAUUGAUUUGGAGGAGUUACCAUGUACUACUACCUCUCCUCAGCCUCCUCGUACCCACAGCCACUUUCAGUGUGGUUUGUACAUAAUCGUGUACUGUACUGAUUUGCCCUAGUGUAAUCGAACAUUCAAAAGGUCCUUCGCAGAUGAGUCUAGUUUUUUCA